CCCCCGAUGGCGCAGGGUCCGGGCGCGCUGAUGCUGAAGUGCGUGGUGGUGGGCGACGGGGCGGUGGGCAAGACGUGCCUGCUGAUGAGCUACGCCAACGACGCCUUCCCCGAGGAGUACGUGCCCACCGUCUUCGACCACUACGCCGUCAGCGUCACCGUCGGGGGCAAGCAGUACCUGUUGGGCCUGUACGACACGGCUGGGCAGGAAGACUACGACCGUUUAAGACCACUCUCUUACCCCAUGACCGACGUCUUCCUCAUCUGCUUCUCGGUGGUGAGCCGGGCCUCGUUUCAAAACGUGAAGGAAGAAUGGGUGCCGGAACUCAAGGAAUAUUCGCCCAACGUUCCCUUUCUCUUAAUAGGGACGCAGAUCGAUCUCCGUGACGACCCGAAGACCCUCGCGAGGCUGAAUGACAUGAAGGAAAAACCCGUCUGUGUGGAGCAAGGACAGAAACUGGCCAAGGAGAUCGGCGCGUGCUGCUACGUGGAGUGCUCCGCUUUAACGCAGAAGGGCUUGAAGGCGGUUUUCGACGAGGCGAUCAUCGCCAUCCUAACGCCAAAGAAACACGCGGUGAAAAAGCGGCUGGGCUCCCGCUGCCUAAACUGCUGCCUGAUCACGUGAGGCCCGGCCCGCCGGCCC